AUGGAGCCUACUACCCAGACAGAAUCCACGGCGGCCACGCCCAAGCACAACCUCGAGAACGGCGCUUCAGUCGCUGCCAACAAUGAAGAGCAUCCGUCCAAGAAACAAAGAUUGGAAAGCGCCUCUAUCUCCGAGCGGGAGGUGAGCGUCGGCGCUUCCAAGCGUGCGAAGGGAGUAGCCCCAAUCAAGGCUGAGUUCCUAGUCCAAAAGUCCGCGCGACCCCAGCCCGUUGAAGAGAGCGCGGUCAGUCUCAGUGCCGAUGAUGCGGCUGAAGCCGCUCACUACCAGGAACGAGAGGGUGAACAAAAAGGAAAGAAAAAGGCCUCCGGUCAGAACAAGGGGCGCGAUUUCGGAAGAUCCGAAGAUGCGAAAGGUCUUUGCCCGUCAAGAGCUUUCAGUCCGGAGUUCUCGCCGAAGGAGUGCAAGUUCGGCGAGAAGUGUCGCUUUGAACACGAUCUGCGGACGUACCUGAAGGAGCAUAAGCGGGAAGAUCUUACAACUUUUGGUGGCAUCUGCCCGAUAUGGGACGCCAAAGGCAGAUGCCCGUAUGGGUUUAAAUGUCGCCUUGUGGGCUCCCACAUGACUGAGCGAGAUACUUCUGAUGGGAGAAAAGAGCUGAUCCUACUCGAGGAUGAGGAGCGCAAGAAGAGAGCCCGACCGGUUGUUCCGUAUGCGUCAGAAGACGGCCUUGUGAACAUCGUUUCAAACGAGGAUAAGAUUGCGGUAGCCCGGAGAAAGACAAAGACUCCCAGAUCUGACGCAUACUUAACGUGGCUCGACAAGACGUCGAAGGCACUGGAGAAAAACCUUCAUGGUCGGCAUUUGGAAGAGGGUGGAGCGGAUGAAGAAGCUGGUGCUCAAACCAAGGGCCAGCUUGAGGAGAACCGAGCAGCCUAUGUGGAGCCGCCAUUCUUGCCCUCAGAGAAGCGACGCAUCUACUUUGGCCCAGAGACUCCUGCCCUAGCGCCUUUAACGACGCAGGGAAAUCUCCCCUUCCGGAGGCUAUGUAUAGAUUAUGGCUGCCAAUUUACGUAUUCUGAAAUGGCCAUGGGCAUGUCUUUGAUUCAGGGUCAAAAAUCAGAAUGGGCGCUGAUGAAAGCGCACGAGUCCGAAGCGCUUCCGCCCACAAUUUCAUCGACAGCCGAUGUCGUGCAGGGCUAUGACAACUCCAAGGAUCUCAAAUUCGGUGCUCAAAUUGCCGGCAACAAGCCUUGGCACGCGAUCAAAGCCACGGAGCUCUUGGGGCGCCUGACCCCUAACCUGCGUGUCAUUGACUUGAACUGCGGUUGUCCUAUUGACCAAGUUUUCCGCGAAGGAGCAGGUUCCGCCCUCCUUGAGCAUCCCUCGAAACUGGAGAAGAUGCUCCGUGGUAUGAAUGCCGUCUCGGAGACGAUCCCGAUCACAGUCAAGAUUCGCACAGGAACAAGAGACAACUCUCCGAAUGCCACGAAACUUAUUGAACGUUUGGUUCUCGGAGGUCAUGAAUCUAGCAUGUUGAAUAUCGGCCCUCCUGGCGUCGCAGCCAUUACCCUCCAUGGACGUAGCAGACAGCAGCGAUAUACGAAAUUGGCGGAUUGGAGCUACAUCGCCGAGUGCGCCGCACUUAUCAAACGACUGAACGAGAAGAAAGAUGUUGUCACGGAUACUGUUCGAGAACCAGAUGAACGUAUGCUGCCAAACGGCGGCAAGGUCUUUUUCCUCGGAAAUGGAGAUUGUUAUUCCCACCAUGACUACGACGACCAUAUCAACAAUGCCGGCGUGGAUGCCGUCAUGGUCGGUCGAGGAGCAAUUAUCAAGCCAUGGGUCUUCGAGGAAAUCCAGGCAGGUCAGUACCUCGAUAAAUCAGCCACAGAAAGAUUGGCCAUGGUCGAGAAAUACGCCAAGUACGGCCUAGAUACCUGGGGAUCGGAUGAGCAUGGGGUUGGCACGACGAGACGUUUCAUGCUGGAAUGGCUGAGCUUCACUUAUCGCUAUGUACCAAUCGGACUGCUCGAGUAUCUGCCCCCUCACAUUCAAGAUAGACCCCCUGCUUGGAGGGGCAGAAAUGAAUUGGAAACCCUCCUGGGCAGUCCCAAUUACAAAGACUGGAUCAAAAUCACGGAAAUGUUCCUCGGUCCAGCACAUAAAGAUUUCAAGUUCGAGCCGAAGCACAAGUCCAACGCCUAUGAGCCGCAGGGUUGA